AUGCUCCUAACCAUUCUCUCAGUGCUCAACUACCUCACAUCAGUCCCUCAACCACCCAUUUUCAAAUGGCACACAUUCUGGUCUCUUUCCUAUCUCAUCUCGGCUCUUUCGCUUUCAAUCCUUCUACUCACGCUUCUCGAUAUGGGUAGGAAAUUUUAUCCGCCAAAUCGAUGGAAUACGCGGCUCUUCAAGUCCAUUUUACUUCAAAUUAUUUUUAUGGAUUUGGCAUAUGCCGUUAGUGGUGCUAUCGUAUUGGCAAGGGAAGAUAGCGUCCCACACGUUGCAAUGAUUGUUGCACAGAGCGUAUUGACUUUGUGGAAUAUGAUUAGUGCAUUGGGUUACACUUUCUUCCCUGUCAUUACUACGCUUUCGUGUGAUGUUAAGAGGAGGACAGAAGACGUAGAAUGUGUCUUAUAUCCUCAGAGUAAUGGUGUUAAUGAAAAUGUGGAUACCACUUCGUGCACCUCCAUAGUCGCCACUCCAUAUGUUGCAACAAAUUACACUCAGCGAACGGCCACCCCUCGCCAGCAUAUAAAUGCCCAAUCCGCAGCAAUCGGGGCUUGGUACAUGCUUACAACAGGCUCUCUAUCUCUUAUAUCUCUCUUCAUAAAUCUCGUCGCUUUACUCAUGGAUAGUACAGGCGCGUCUAUGUCUAUCGUCAACGACGUUGAGAUUCUACUAGGAAUUGGAAUUACUCUUUCACUAGCAGUGACUCCACCAAAGGGAUUGGUCAGAGCUUUCAAAUUGAGAAUCAUUGGUCGGAAACUGAGUAAGCAUGUUAUUUGGGAAAGGAGCGAUUAUGCAUAUAAUAAAGAUCAUGGUACAGCUGCUGCCCAUAAGAAAGAGAGUCAGGACGACAAUGCUUGGGUUGAGAUGAGAGAUGUUCAGGCGCAGGACGAACCCCUUGAGCAGGUGAUUGCAGAGGAUGAUGGAUACAAAAAAGAUUCUAAAUGA